GAGAGAUGAAUCCUCAGAAAAAACGCGAAAUGAAAAGUUUUAGCUAGGGUUUAACUAGGUCUGGCUUUGAUGCUGCGCAUGAUGCAAAGGCACCUGUGUACGCCUGCAGCGAUUCCGGCCCCGACACGCGGCGCCGCCUGCCUCGGUCUCUCAUCCGCCCCUGCAUCCGUCCGCAUCUUCUCCUCUUCCACUCCCCCACGAGCAAGAGCACAGGCGCUGAGGGCCGUGUCCGAUAUGGCGUUUGAGCGGAUCAAAGUCGACAAUCCGAUCGUGGAAAUGGAUGGUGAUGAGAUGGCCAGGGUGAUCUGGAGCAUGAUCAAAGAAAAGCUUGUUGUGCCGUUUGUGGAUGUGGAUAUCAAAUACUACGAUCUUGGCAUUCUCAACCGAGAUGCCACCGAUGACAAAGUGACUGCUGAAAGUGCGCAGGCUACCCUCAGGUACGUAGGAUUUUUGCUGCUCUAUAGAGUUUCGAUCGGCACGAUAUUGACUCGUCACAGGUACAACGUGGCCGUCAAGUGUGCAACCAUCACUCCUGAUGAGACUCGGGUCAAAGAGUUUGGGCUUAAGAGAAUGUGGAAAAGUCCCAACGGAACCAUCAGGAACAUCUUGAAUGGUACCGUGUUUCGGGAGCCUAUCCUUUGCAAAAAUAUUCCGAGACUUGUGCCAGGAUGGCAAAAGCCAAUUUGCAUUGGCAGGCAUGCUUUUGGGGAUCAGUACCGAGCAACAGACAUGGUGAUUCAAGGUCCUGGAAAGCUUAACCUGGUAUACGUCCCUGACAAUGGAAAGCCGGUGGAACUGGAAGUAUAUAACUUCAAGGGCGCGGGUGGCGUGGGACUGUCCAUGUUUAACACAGACGAGUCGAUUGCAGCUUUUGCGAAGUCGUCGAUGAUGAUGGCCUAUGACAAGAAAUGGCCUCUAUACUUGAGCACAAAGAACACAAUCUUGAAGAAGUACGACGGCAGGUUCAAGGAUAUCUUCCAGGAUGUAUAUGAAGCCGACUGGAAAUCAAAGUUUGAGGAAGCCGGAAUCUGGUAUGAGCACCGGCUUAUUGAUGAUAUGGUCGCGUACGCUCUGAAGAGUGAAGGUGGUUAUGUAUGGGCCUGCAAAAAUUACGACGGCGAUGUUCAGAGCGAUUUUCUUGCUCAAGGUUUUGGUUCACUGGGUCUCAUGACUUCAAUUCUGAGAUGUCCCGAUGGGAAGACCAUCGAAGCUGAAGCUGCUCAUGGCACAGUGACACGGCACUUCAGGGUGCAUCAGAAGGGAGGAGAAACUAGUACGAACAGUAUAGCAUCCAUUUUUGCAUGGAGCCGGGGACUUGGCCACAGGGCUAAACUGGAUGGUAACUUAAAACUACAAGAAUUUGCUGAGAAGCUGGAAGCGGCUUGUGUUGGGACUGUCGAAGCUGGCAAGAUGACUAAAGAUCUUGCGAUACUUCUCCAUGGCCCGAAGGCUCCUCGGAACAUGUAUCUUAGCACCGAAGACUUUUUAGAUUCGGUCGCAGGCGAUCUCAAGCGGCGGCUGUCCCCUGCUACUUCCAAACUGGAGGAGCCGCUUCUUCAAGGCCGCUGAGAAUCAAAGUACAAUAACUUGCUUCUCCGCAAGAAAAGUUUGUACAGAACGGAAAUAAAGACUGCGCUUCUACACAA